AUGCAGCAAGAAGCACGAAACACAGAGGGGCGCAAUAUAUGGCGGACGGGUACUAAUUUUCGUCACCAGGCAGUGCAGUUUGUGAGUGCAGGACUACAACAAAAUGAAGAGAAACAACUGGAUUCUUUGGACAACAUGCAACACGAGGAAAUAGCAAUGACACCACUUGAAUUGCCCCCAGAACAAGCAUGCAACGAAGAGUCCAUGGGAUAUCCGCACCCUGCUAUUAUUGCCCCGGAUGGGGAGAUUCCCACAUAUACCGAGCAUACAGACCACAUCACCUCCGCAGGGGACAACACCAGCGAGGACGAAAUAGUGUUUACUGGCCGGCACCAUAAAACAGAGUACGCUCGAGGACCACCAGACAGAAUCCGAUCUCCGAUAUCAAGGCCACCCAGGCAACACAACGCUAGGAGCCCUGCUCGUCAAGAAGAGCAUGAAAACUCCGACUGUCGCCGAGGACACGAAAGUAGCACCCAGCAUAAUUGCUUAAGGCAGCCAUGGCGAUCACAUCACAGCCACGAAAUACCGAUCCAAUCAUGUCCCACGACAGGAAACACGACGGCGGACCAACUGCAUACCACGAAAUUGUCACUGACAGCGCGAAUCGAACGAAUACAGCCGCGCGCCAUUAGUGAGAGUGUUGAUUUCAUACCCUUCAAUUCCAGGCGCCCAUCAACCAGGAAGAACUAUACGAAACUUCUCGAAGACGAAGAAAAUGACAUAUUGGCCGAUUACAUCGCGAAUAUUGACGAUGACUACGAAGAAUCUUAUCAGUGGACUGAUUUGUAUCGCAGUACAAGUACCGAGUCCGGCAACGGUCAAAUUACCAGGCUGGCGUCUGCGCUUGUCUCCGCUGAACCAAUCAAUGGCAACUAUUCCGAGUCAGCAAACAACGAGGAGGAAAUAAUCCUACGUGAACGCGGUCAAAUGUUGGCUGAAUGCGAAGUUGAGAAGGAUCACGGCCUGACUUCCAGACCUAUGCUCAGUCGACUACAUUCAAACACUCAACACAUACUGAAGACGCCAGGAUUUACUGCUAAAACAAAUGGAUUCGGGGUGCUCUGCACGAGUUCAACGGACGAGGCCCAUAGCUCCACGAGCUCUUCCGCAUGCAGUGAUACUGAAACGAAAGAAAUCGAUGGGUUUGUCCUUGAAAGUGAAGCUGAGCGUUGCGAGCACUCGGAGACCGAGAGAGAGAGCAGUUAUCGGUCUCGGUCGCACCGUAACCGCAGUAAAGCAAAAGAAGAAUAUUUUGUUUCGGCAACCGCCUUUGCCGAUGCAUUGGAGUCGGACCCAUUUUAUGGAUUCGAUAUAAUGGACUUCAACAGACCCAGCCUGCGGAACAAAACGAAAGGGAAGCAGCCUGCUUUUGAUCUGUCAUUAUCUGAUAGCGAGUUGGAAUUGGAACUGAAACGGGCAUGGCGGAAUGACAGAGAGAAGAAAAAGACAAGGAAACAGAAGAGAGAAGAGCUUCGUGCUGAAGGCCUACUCGGUCGAAAUGCAAAUGCGCCUGAUCUCAGAGCGAAGUAUUCAAGUGGCUUUGAUGUCGAGGAUCUGAAAUCGGAAAUGCGCAAUUUCUUGCUAUCGUCGAAAGACAGGAAGUUUGUGCAUGACAUGGCAGACGCACUGUCACUCAAAUCGCAGUCCCGCGGCAAAGGGUCGUCCAGGUUUCCCAUGCUUUACAAGAUCUCCCGCACCCCGAGGUAUACACAGAAAACAAUCAUACAGGUCGACAAAAUAUUCUCGAAAGCGCAAUUCUCUCACCGUGGCCCCAAGUCACGGUCCCAGAACAACAAGAAACCGGCAAAGGCUCCCCGUGGUCGCCCUACAUCCUCUGUCAGCUACAUGGAAGGCGACGUCGUUGGAGCAUCAGCACCGGAAAUUGGAGCGGAAAACAAGGGAAGAGCCAUGCUCGAAAGGAUGGGAUGGAGUUUGGGAACCCCGCUCGGUGCCAUAAAUAACAAAGGCAUUCUGUUGCCGGUUGCGCAUGUCGUGAAGAAUUCCAAGGCUGGCCUGGGGUAG